UGGCCGUGUUUCCUCCGUCCUCUGAUUGGCUGGAAACCCGGAAGGAAGUCAACAGAAAGAUUUCUGGCGCGAAAAGUCUAUUUUGUUCUGAGCAGCUGAAGUAUCAAAACAUCAAAACAUUCACGUUGCUAAGCUUUUAUUUAAGGUUGUUCCGGGCAUCCACAGCCAGCAUGUGUGAAAAGAUGAAACAGGUGAACACCUGGCUCGGUUCCGUGUUCGGGGAGCAGCCGGUGCCGCAGUUCGAGGUGAACACCAGGACCGUGGAGCUGCUGCACCAGCUGGCCCGGGCCAGCGAGGCUCGGUGCCGAGACUCGGUUCUGCUGCUGGAGGAUCGGAGGCAGAAGACGGCGGAGUACCUGGCUCAAGCGUCUCACCUGCAGGACGUCCUCCUGCAGGCCGUGGACGUGUCCUGCAGCAGCGUGUCCAGGCCGACGGCCGACUACGUCUCUGGUCUGGUGGACGUCGCCAUGGUGAUGAGCGUGAGGGACACGUCCCUAAGCAGCUUCCUGCCGGCGGUCAACGGCCUGACCUCUGACCUCUCCGAGGCGGAGAGGAGGAACCGGCGUCUGGAGCGGGAGCUGGCGGCCCUGAGGAGGAGGCUGGGGGCCACGCUGCUGCUGCGGGGGAACCUCCAGGAGGAUGUGGAUAAAACGGCGCGGACUCAGGCGGUGGAAGGCGCCAAGGCCGAGGAGCGGCUCCUCAACAUGGACUUCGUGACGGCGAAGGCCAGAGAGCUCAGCCACCGGCAGGAGAGGUCCGAGGUCCAGCUGGGGUCCAGGAACAUGGACAAGUCCGUGACCCACCAGGCCCUGGUCCAGCUCUCCCAGGAAGUCGACGCCCUGAAGAAAGAAAUCACCCCCCUGAAGAAGAAGCUGGAGCCCUACAUGGACCUGAGUCCGAAUCCAUCUCUGGCACAAGUGAAGGUAGAAGAGGCCAAAAGAGAGCUGGCGGCACUGGAUCAACGGCUGGAGGGAAACGUGGACUUCAAAUAGAGACGUGAUGUCACGGUGGUGAUGUCACGGUGGUGAUGUCACAGAAGCAGGAUGCUGGUGUUCCUGAUUUUCCUGCCACUCGAGUCCUGAUAAGGUUAUUAUGGGAUGAAGUCAGACUGAUAAGGUUAUUAUGGGAUGAAGUCAGAUCAUCAUCUCACCACAAACUGCAUCAAGAAUGUAAAUAAAGAUGUUUAAUUAUACAUUUUAUUAAUUUAUUUUUUAUUUUUAAAGGCGCCUUUCUUGGCACUCAAGGUCGCCGUACAUGUUAAAAUAUAAAACCAGCAGAACACA